UUUCCACACGGAUGAUAUUUAGAUGCGCACACAACCUGACAAUUGAUUUGAGGAAAGAAGACGUGUACUUUCCGUCUUGAUUUUUUUCCCGCUUGUAUACAUUUACCAUAUAGAUGACAACAGUACAGUUUAUUUACAUUUUGUAACCACAUUUGUUUUAUUAAAAUGGCGACGGUGGAGGAGCUGAAGCUGAGGGUGCGAGAGUUGGAAAAUGAAUUGAUAAAAUGUAAACAGCAGCAGCAGUGUGUAAUAAUGGAUGAUUCUCAGGCGAUGAACAGACCCAAAAUUGACAAAAUGAGCGCCGAAGUUGUGGAUUCCAACCCAUACAGCCGUCUGAUGGCUUUAAAAAGAAUGGGAAUCGUGGAGGACUACGAGAAAAUCCGGAGCUUUUCAGUAAUUGUAGUUGGUGUUGGGGGAGUUGGCAGCGUGACAGCUGAGAUGCUAACUAGAUGUGGCAUUGGUAAGCUGCUGCUUUUUGACUAUGAUAAAGUGGAGCUGGCCAACAUGAACAGACUGUUCUUCCAGCCACACCAGGCAGGCCUCAGUAAAGUGGAAGCAGCAGAACACACACUCAGAAACAUCAAUCCUGACGUGACAUUUGAGACCCAUAACUACAAUAUCACAACGGUGGAAAAUUUCACACAUUUUAUGGAUCGCAUCAGUCAUGGUGGGCUGGAAGAGGGGAAACCAGUGGAUUUGGUCCUGAGCUGUGUGGAUAACUUUGAGGCCAGGAUGGCUAUCAACACAGCUUGUAAUGAACUAGGUCAGAUCUGGAUGGAGUCUGGUGUGAGUGAGAAUGCUGUGUCAGGUCACAUCCAGCUCAUUAUCCCUGGAGAGACGGCCUGCUUUGCUUGUGCUCCUCCACUGGUGGUUGCUGCCAACAUUGAUGAAAAAACCCUAAAACGAGAGGGUGUGUGUGCUGCUAGCUUACCAACAACAAUGGGUGUGGUUGCAGGUAUCCUGGUGCAAAAUGUCCUCAAAUAUCUGCUGAAGUUUGGCACAGUAAGCCAUUAUCUUGGCUACAAUGCCAUGCAGGACUUUUUCCCUUCCAUGGCCAUGAAAGCCAACCCCCAGUGUAACGACCGCCACUGCAGGAGACAACAAGAAGAGUACAAGAAGAAAGAAGCAGAGCGGCCGAGGGUGGAAGUUGUGCAGGAAGAGGAAGAAGAGAUAGUACACGAAGACAACGAAUGGGGUAUUGAGCUGGUAUCAGAGGUCACUGAUGCAGAGUUACAGGCUGCCUCAGGAGUUGCACCAGACCUCCCAGAAGGCAUCCAAGUAGCUUAUACUAUUCCAGCAGAGAAAGCAGCGAAAGGAGAGACGGUGGAGGAGACUGAACUGAGCUUAGAAGACUUAAUGGCUCAGAUGAGAAAGUUGUAGGCAACAAUCUGAAAAUUUGUUUCUUUUUCACAUCCAUACUUUUAACAUUUUCAUUUAACAUUUUUAACAGCCAAUAUUAUGGAAUGCAUGAAACAUGACGUUAAAAGCAUUUCACACAUAAAAGAAACGGCUCUUUGAAUGGAAUCAAUUUAAAAUUUAAAUUUAUUAAAUAUCCAUGAAUGCAUUAAAUGAUAGUUUUCCUGAAGAUCAAGUGGGUGAAUGUUCCAGCUUUUCACCUAUGUGGUGUUCUUCUGCUGCAACAGUGUUGUCUCAAUAAAGUAUUUAUUAGAUGGACUGAAA